AUGAUAGUAGCAGCUGCCCUCGUCUUUUUCAUGAUUCCCGGUCUGUGCCUCCACUUCUCAGGUGUCUCGAAGCCGGAUUCCACACUCACCUUGGUGCGUCUUCCGCUGAUUACCACCGCCGUGGUGGGGUGUGUGUGGUAUAUGUGGGGAUAUGCCCUUGCUUUCUCUCCCGCAGUAUACGACCCGGAUGCGCUACGCGGCGUGUCAUGGUAUGGUGGAGAUACCAGAGCAAACGCCUAUAUCGAUAUCACCGCUCGACCUGUGGGUAUACAAGGUCCUGACCCAUCAGUCAUGACGGGCCCGAAAAUCCCAGAAAUGGUCUAUGUCUUCUACCAAGGCAUGUUUGCUUGUUUCACGGCAAGUCUUGUCUCUGGUGGAGCGGCGGGCAAAACCCGUGUCGGGCGGUAUCUCGUCUUCAUUACCUUGUGGACGACUCUUGUUUAUUGUCCAGUGGCCAGAUGGACAUGGCAUCCACUAGGCUGGUCCAAACUCAGGGGAGCAAUGGACUUCGCUGGUGGUACUGCAGUGCAUGUUUGUUCUGGAUCGUCGGUUGCCGCUCUCGCUGUCUUUUCACAGCUUGAAGCUGCAGAUUGGCGCACAACACUCGUCUUUCGAAAACUGACAGUGAAAAUCAAACUGAAGACAUGGAAAGUCUGGAGAUGGCUGUCCGUGAAAGAGAGCACGACUGACACCGAAGUUGACCCAAGGACAACCUCGCCACAGGCAGAACACGCUGGCAACGGACAGGUUCGAGCUCCGCGGCAACCAAAUGUUACGGAGAGGCCAGGAUCCAGCUUGAACCGCGAACAAUCGAGUUUGCCUUACAGCAUUAACCACAUGGUAUUGGGCACUUCCCUGCUUUGGGUCGGAUGGUUCGGCUUCAACGGUGGUUCGGCCCUUGGAGCGAAUCUUCGCGCUGUGUCAGCUUGUCUGGCAACGCAGGCUGCUGCAUGUGCUGGAGGCACAAUCGGCUUACUUAUUCAAUGGGGUCUGGCCCCUCUUGACAGGAUAGCGUCAGACAACCCGGACACCUUGAUACAUACACCGUCCAUUCAGGAGUUCUGUGACGGUGUCAUUGCUGGGCUGGUGGCUAUUACACCUGCUGCAGGAUAUGUUCCCGUCAAAUAUGCUCCUGUUUUCGGCGUUGUGGGCGCCAUCAUCUGCAAGGUUUUGAGAAUAAUCAUGUACAAUCUCUUGCCAGCUGACAAACUGGCUAUCUUCGCCGUUCACGCCGGCGGAGGAGCCACGGGAAUGUUACUUACUGCAUUCUUUGCAAAGUAA